GUCAAACACAAUCGAUAACUCGAUAAGUCUCUAGAACACGUUUUAUUUACUUUAUUAUUUUAAUCGACAAAGUCAACAUGGUUUCGGCGGAGCAAGUAAAGGCUAUUGGCGGUGUGCUAAACAAUAAGGAUCGUCCAUUAAAAGAGCGUUUCCGUGCUCUGUUUACACUAAAGAACAUUGGCGGCGACACAGCCAUAGAAGCAAUAAGCAAAGCCUUUGAUGAUGAUUCCGCUUUGCUUAAGCACGAGCUGGCCUACUGUCUUGGACAAAUGCAGGAUCCCCAGGCAGUUGAUGUGCUUACCAAGGUGCUGAAGGAUACCAGCCAAGAGCCAAUGGUGCGACAUGAAGCCGCCGAAGCGCUGGGCGCCAUAGGUCAUCCAGAUGUACUACCCAUACUCGAGACAUACAAGGAGGAUCCGGUUAUUGAAGUGGCUGAGACAUGCAGUAUUGCGUUGGACCGCGUCCGUUGGCUACAAAGUGGACAAAAGAUAGACGACAACAAUCCUUAUGCCUCUGUAGAUCCAUCUCCGCCUGUGGGGGACAACAAGAGCGUGGAUGAGCUAAAGGCUAUUUAUCUAGACAACAAGCAAAGUCUGUUUGAUCGUUAUCGUGCCAUGUUCAGUCUACGCAAUCUGCGCACAGAGGAGAGCGUGCUGGCCAUAGCAGAGGGGCUAAAGGAUAACUCGGCGCUGUUUCGUCAUGAGGUUGCUUUUGUGCUCGGACAGCUACAGGAGCCAUGUAGUAUUUCGUACCUCCAGCACAACUUGGAGGACCGACAGGAAAAUGAAAUGGUACGUCAUGAAUGUGCUGAAGCCUUGGGAGCAAUUGCAACAGAUGAGUGCAUAGCGAUCUUGAACCGAUAUGCGGAUGAUGAAAAGCGUGUGGUGAAGGAGAGCUGUGUAAUCGCCUUGGACAUGUGCGAGUAUGAGAACAGUCCGGAGUUUCAAUACGCCGAUGGCUUGACCAAGUUAGAUGGGACGAAGUGAUGACUAACAUUAUUGUAAAUUUGAUUUAAAUAUGUAUUAUCAUUGUUAUGUGAUUCAUCUUAUCAGUGAAACAAUAAGAUAAAAU